AUGAAGUACCUAAGCACACGUGGCGGAGACGAGCGCCUCACGUUUGAAGAGGCCGUCCUGCAAGGUCUUGCGCCGAACGGCGGUCUCUAUGUGCCGGAGAGGAUACCAGCGCUGCCAGCCGACUGGCAGGACGCGUGGGCCACGCUGCCGUUCCCGGAGCUGGCGUUCCGGAUUGCGUCGCUGUUCGUGCCGCCCACGGCCGAAGAGGGCGGCAUUCCGCCCGACGAUCUGCGCAUGCUCAUGAACAAGUCGUAUGCCACGUUCCGUCACGACGACGUGGCGCCUCUGCACCAGGUCUCGCCCCGCGAAUGGUGCUUGGAGCUGUGGCACGGCCCGACGUUUGCUUUCAAGGACGUGGCGCUGCAGCUGCUCGGCAACCUGUUCGAGUACAUACUCGAGCGUCGCAACCAGGCCCAGGGCACGCACACGCUCACUGUGCUCGGCGCCACGAGUGGCGAUACGGGCAGCGCGGCCAUAGCCGGCCUGCGGUCCAAGGCGCAUAUCCACAUCUUCAUCCUGCACCCACGCGGCCGUGUCUCGCCGAUCCAAGAGGCGCAGAUGACAACCAUUUUGGACGACAAUGUGCACAAUCUCGCUGUCGACGGCACGUUCGACGACUGCCAGGACAUUGUCAAGACGCUGUUUGCCGACAGGGCCUUUAACGACAAGCACCAUCUCGGUGCGAUCAACAGUAUCAACUGGGCCCGCAUUCUCUCGCAGAUCACGUACUACUUUGCGGCGUACUUUGCGCUGCGCAAGCAGACGGACGACGCGGAUCGCAUGCAGGUCGUGGUGCCGACGGGCAACUUUGGCGACAUCCUCGCCGGCUACUAUGCCAAGCGCCUGGGCCUGCCCAUGUCCCAACUCGUCGUCGCCACGAACGAGAAUGACAUUCUGCAGCGAUUCUGGGCGACGGGACGCUACGAAAAGGCGCAGGGCGGCCAUGUCGCUGCGACGCUCAGUCCCGCGAUGGAUAUCCAGGUAUCGAGCAACUUUGAGCGGCUGCUGUGGCACUUGGCGCAUGAUACGUCCGAGGCCUCGGAUCGGGCCGCCGAUGCCGGCCGCCAAGUGCAGGCAUGGAUGCAGGCGCUCAAGACGCACGGCUCCAUGGCCGUCACACCAGCGCAGUGGGAGUUGGCGCGGCGAGACUUUAGCGCCGAGCGCGUGUCAGACGCCGAGACACGCGCCACGAUCCGCCGCUACUUUGACGAGCAAUCGUACCUGGUCGAUCCCCACACGGCCGUGGGCUUUGAGGCGGCGCGGCGACGUGCGAAUACGGCGCCGCAGGUCAUUCUCUCGACCGCGCAUCCCGCCAAGUUUUCCGACGCGGUCCUGUCGUCGUUCGCCGACCACCGCGACAUGGCAUCGUACUUUGACGCGCACGUCCUGCCGCCGGAAAUGCAGGGCCUCCUGGACAAGCCGCGCCGCGUCGUGCAUAUCCCCGCGGGCGACGACCACUUUGCAUCGCUCUUGCAACGCACCAAGGACCAGAUCGAGCGCGAUGGCUUCACGUCCACAAACGCGUCGUAA